AUGAACAAUUCAUCAUCCGAUAACAACAACAGCAAUAAUUACAAUUACUAUCCUGGCGGUACUACUGGCAGUACUGAUGGUAUGAUGGACUCAAGUCACUCAACGAAUAAUCCCUACAAUAGUGCUGGAAUGACCUAUAUUCCCUAUGGUGGUGGCGGUGAUGGUCUUAACAACAACAACACUUUUGGCUAUGGCAUGUAUCCUCCUCCUCAGCAACCACAAUUAUUACCCUACCCAACUUCAUCAGGAGCAGGCGUUUACUAUCCACCUUCAUCCGACAUGAUGAAUUACAAUAUGCCAUAUCCUACCUAUCCCUCCACAACAACCAAUAGCUAUGAGCUAGUUCAAAAGCCUCCAUCCACAACAACAACAACCACUACCGCUGCUAAUAUGACAACUACACAUGUUCAGCCCACAACGAUGGUCGACCUCAAGAGGAAUGAUGAUGAACCAAAAAGUGAACCACUUCACCACGCUAUUCGGAGCGAAGAACAAGUUCAUGUCGAUAUCGACACUCCUCCUCAUAACGUCAAUGCGGCGACCAUCGCCACUACUCAACAUGUUGGUGCAAAACCCGAGUCCCCUCGCAGGUCAUUGAGAAGACAAAAUUCCAUUCACUUGACAUGUCCAAGAAUUCAUUGUGAUUGUUUUAGCAUGCCAGACUGUUUCAGUUGGUCAGAUAUGGGUCGCAUGGAAAAGUAUCGACUUUUCACAGUUGUUGCUGGAGUUUUCUUUUUCAUCCUUGGUCUUGCUUUGUUUGCUAUCACUGGAGCACUUUGGGGAGUUGUGAACUCGGAUCCAUUGAUGGAGCGCGAUCCAAAUGCACUCAUCUACGUGCAUAGAAACUGUUGUUCAGUGGAUUUUGUCGAUGACUGCUAUACCUCCAAGUCGAAAUACUCCUACCGUACCUAUUGCUAUUAUCAAGUGACCUUUCCACGAUUGGGCACUGCUGCUUUGUUGAAUGACUCUUUGAAGGGAAGAGGCAUCGCAUGCUCUUCUUCUAGCACAGAUACCAUCACACGUGUGACACAAAAUUCAUAUUUGACUUCCUACUACUCAGUCAUGUCUGGGAGACGAAAUGUCGAUUGUUUCACUGAUAAGGAUGAAAAUAAUGUGUCCCUCAGAGAACCAUAUAGCGAGCUAUAUUCGGGAAUGGUAACUGGAGCGAUUGUUUGUGUGAGCUUUGCCAGUGUCAUAAUGUUCACUAUUUUCGUUAAGGUUGGAGUGUAUUUGAAACACCAACAACAACAGCAACAAUCAUUGCCUUCUGCCUCCAAUUAUCAUCAUCAUCAUGGAUCGUACUCCAUUACAGGCUCUGAUAGUGCCUUAAGCGCCACCAACAGCUCUUCAAGUACCAAUGAUUCCUUUACUGCUCAAACUUUGGAUUUGUUUGUUACCAUGAUUGUUUCCUUAAUCGACUGUUCUCCCAAGAGAUCAUGGAGGACCUAUUUUUUGCCAUUAGUUCUCAAUAUCUACCUGAUAUGGACACAGUUAUUCGUGGAUACCAUUGCUGAUUUUGGUUGGGGAGAAUAUGGAACAUAUAUAUUUCAAAUUGUAGUGAACUUUCCAACGACGCUUUUAUUUCAAAUGAUACCUUAUUGGGGUGUGGUUGCUUUAAGCUGUGUGUUCCUGUUACUCAUAUGGAUUUACAUUGGAUUGCUAGUUUUUGCUUUUAGAAACACAGUCAAGCCAAGCAAAUAUUUCAAAUGGUUGAAGGUCUUUAUUCGACGUAUCAGCUAUGUCUUGAGAACAUUUUCCUUGCUCAUGGUUCAUUUAUUUGUUGGAUUUUUUAAUUGCGAUCUUUCAAAGACUGUCAAUAUUUCAACAGUUGGAGGUGGCAGCAUUCAAAUGAAUGCGUUACGACGUUACAAUGGUGUGGCAUGUUUAGAAACUCAAAACAUUGUAAUGAUUGUCGUGGCGAUUAUUGGAAUAUUGUCUCUAAUUAUUGUAUAUCCAAUAGCUGAAUUUGCUAUUACUCAUUCAUCUCCCUUCAGCAAAAUGCCAUUAAUGGCCGAAAGCUCUCUAGUUACUACCUUAAUGGGAAUGUGUUGUAUAAUCCAAAUGGUCCUUUCUCACAUCAUUCCUCAACACUAUUUAUACGCUUCUGCGAUCAUACAGGUGUUACUUAAUAUUGGAAUGUGUUUAGUUAUGUUUUACUAUAUACCUUUCCUGAGACGCUUGGAUAAUACGUUAUAUUUUGGUUUUGCCCUCUCAAAAUUAGGAGCUAGUGUAGGAGCUUUAGUUUGCUCGUGUUCAAAUUUAACUUCCACAGCCACUUCUUCCAUUGAUUUUGGCUAUGGGUUUUCUAUAUUGACUUUGGGACUUGUUGUGAUAUGUUUUACGUGUGGAUGUGUGGUAAUGGAAUCCUAUAUAAGAUUACAAACAUCAAGAAUACGAGACAAAAUGUUGACCUUUGAAAUGUGUGUAUAUGAAAAAAGUUUGAUUGUUGGAAUAGAAAAAUCUGCAUCUUCUAUUUAUGCUGAAAUAGAAGAAGGUAAAAUGAUUUCAGCUUUAAGAUUAUUUUUCAAACUUUGUCUCAAACAAGGUUCUAGCAGUACUUUGCAUAAGGAUAUUGUGGAUUCUGAAAUUGCGAUAGCAUUCAUUAAGGGAAUUUCAAACCAAAAAUCAUUUUGCGAUAUUUACAUGUUGAUUUAUGGUUCUAGCAUUGUGCUUUGA